UAAAUCUCAAAAAAAAUGAAACUGAACACUUCAUGUUGCUUAAAAUUCAAGGCUUUCAAUCCGUGCAAGAAAAUAGUAAAGCUUUUUAAGUUCAAAUUAAGAAAGCCCCUCUUUAUAAGAAGGCUUAGAUUUCGCCCUUCAAGAUGUGAGAGCAACACAGGCACUAGAAAAAGCCAAGCUUCACAUGUUCUAUCAGUGUUUCGUUCGAUAAGGAGACAACCAAAAGAGGACCAAGUCAUGGCGCUCAAGAGUUUCUCUGAUGCAAGCCAUAUUAAAGCACCAGUUCCUUCACCAAUUACUCCAGCUUAUGUGAAAUUCAGCGAAGCUAUUAAAAAAGAAGUGCUUAUCCAGGAUGAUGUGGAAGAUGCAUGCAGAAGCUUCGAGAAUUAUCUGGCAGAGAUGAUAGUAGAAGAGGGAAAUAUGAGGGAUUUAAUGGAUGUAGAAGAAUUGCUAUAUUGUUGGAAGAAUCUCAAAAGCCCUGUCUUUAUUGACUUGGUAUGCAGAUUCUAUGGGGAGCUAUGCAGAGACUUAUUUUCCAAUAGCUAUAAGGAUGAUAGCAGCAGUCCAGAGAAAAUCCUGCAAUGAAAUUGCCUAAUCUUAUAGUCUUGAUCGUUUACCUUAGUUACAGCCUUUUCUGUCUGUAACACAUUGAAUUUAAUCAAGCAAUAACAGGGCAGCAGUAAAAUAUAUAUAUUUGAUGAAAGUAGCAACUCUAUAUGCAAGGGAUAUUUAGGGGUUGUUUGGCAGAACAAGGACAUACCAGGAUUAUAAUCCCACAUCCUAUAGGGGAUUGAUAAUACCGAAAUUUUGUAAACGGAAACCAUUAUUUCAUGCACUUGAAAUGUAUUUCUCAAAUCAAGCAUUCGAACA